UGGUUGCCAGGGAUACGAUACAACGACUCGCCCCUUCGUUUGUCUGUUGUGUUGGAGAAAUAACUUUAAUUUUAUUAAGUGUACGUUUGUUUAUUUAUUUCAUUUUUUUUUUAUCUUAAAAUGAAUGACAUUGGAAGUUUUAAAGUCAGGUGGAUACAGGGCUUUACAAACAAGAAUAUCGAGUUUGUCGACGAUAAAACGGUUUGUUAUGCAUGUGGAAGUCACCUCUGUUUCCUGAACCUGGAGACAAAAACACAAAGUGUGCUUCAAAGUCCUGGAAGAGGCGUUGGAGCUUUGACAGCCAAUGGCAAUAAUGGGAUGUUUGCUUUCUCAGAGGAAAAGCUAUCCCCAGCAAUAUUUGUGUACAUUUUCCCCGAGUUUCAGUUGAAGUGUGAACUAAAAGGAACAGCACAGCUGGACUACACAUCUCUGACAUUAAGUGAUGGUGGUCCUUAUUUGGGUUCUUGUUCCUCUCUACCAGACCACACCAUAACAGUGUGGAACUGGGAAACCACUGAGCCCAUUUGUACACAACCACAGGCCGGGCAAGAUGUCUUUUCUUUGGUGUUCAACCCCCUGAAUUGGCUCCAGCUUUGUGCUUUGGGCAGCACAUCCCUCACUGUCUGGAAUAUUGAAAAGAGUGCCAGCUUUCAUGUCCUGAAACCGAGUGUGAUCGAGCUUCCAGCAACUGAUGGUUCUCUUGUUGAGAGAUUGGUGGCCAGUUUACAUACUGCCAGUGACAAAUUGCCAUAUUUUGGUCCAGAGAUGCCACCAUCAGCCAUCUCAGGGAUCAAAGGAGACAAGGCAGAAACCAUUGUGACCAAACUCUGCACCAAAGCCAGACUAACUCCUACUGCCAUCUGCUGGACAGCCACAUCAGAGAUUUAUGUGGGCUGUGCGGAAGGCUUUCUGCUUCUCGUUGAGCCAGAGAGCCUCUCUGUCUCAGUCCUCUUCAAUCCUACAAGUGCUGAUGCCAUCCCUGAGCUCAGGCGGACCAACUUUCAAGGUUUAACCCCUCACAAGAAUGGUUUGAUUGCUUUAGGAAAGGGAAAUGUGAUGCACUGUCUGCAAAUCAAGCAAACUCAGAUCAACAUCACACAGACGUGGCAAUUAGAAGGGCCUGUCACAGCUGUGAUGAACUCCCCUGACCACGAAACAUUAAUUUUAUCUUCUAAUACAGGGCAAAUCUAUAUGUUGAAUCCAACACACUCAGACAAGAUUGUCAAGGUCCUUGAUGUUCUCAGUGGCAACUUUGUGGCUGCAACUUUGUCGCACACUGACAGGAAAAUUUGUGUGUCAGUGAGGGAUUCUGGAGAGCUGCAGCUGUGGUCCACAGAUGGAGUUUGCCUUGGUUCCCUGUCUCUUCAAACUGAGGUGAGAAGUCUGGCCUGUUGUCCUAUUGCACAGUAUGCAGCUGUUGGAACAGUUUCAGGAAGCGUCCUCUUCAUCGACCUGAACAGGGAGCAGCGGCCUCGCCUGGUGCACCAGGUUCAUCUCUACCAAGCUUCUGUGAAUCACCUAGUUUUUGAUCAAGAGGGACACUACCUUCUCACUGGGUCCACAGAUUCACAUAUCUAUGUACUAGAUGCAAAGCCAUCAAAGAGGUUUUCAGUCAUAGGAUUCACAGUUGUUCCUGGAUCGGUUCUGUCGCUUUCCACUCAGUGCAUCAGAGACUGUGAGCAGGUGAAAGUUCUUGCGCUGUGCACUGGACAGGAGGGCAACAGUCAUGAUGGUAGCCUGCUCAUGGUGCUCUCUCUGCCUGAGAGGGACCUGACAGGUCUAGACUGUGUAGACCGACAUGGUUGCCUGUCUCCUCACAUCGUCAAAGUGUCCAGAUACGAAGUGUCUCAUCCACUUCAGUCCUGUGUCCUGGGAGUCAGCGAGGUCUUUGCUUACUGCCACAAGAAGAAAACUCUUCAGCGAUUUCAGCUCCCUCAGGACACAGACUCCAGUCAGCCGGUGGUCCACCUGAGACCAGAGCAGGAAGUGCGGGGUCAUCCUCUGGGCCCUGCCUCCCUUGUUCUGUCUCCUCACCAGCUGUGGCUUACUUCUGUGGGUCGAGAUGGCCUACUACGCGUCCGAAAAACUCCUUCCAUGGAGCGGUAUAUUGAGCUGCAGUGUCAUUCAUGCCGUGACGGUGGAGUUCGGAGUGUGUCGUUCUCUGCAGACAGCCAGACGCUCCUCACAGCUGGCUUUAACGAUGGGUCCCUUGUGUGUGCCGAUCUCAGGAUUAAAGGUGUAGGUGCUGGUAAGGUGAAUAAAGCCACCCAGAACAGCCAGGCUAUGGAUGAUCUGUUGAAGAACAUAUUCGAUACAGAGAAUUCUGUCCUUAUUGACUGGCCUGAGUGGGGCCAAGGGUCUCCAGCUGCAACUGAAAAAUCAGAGGGAAGUGAGGUCGGCGUUGAAGCAGAGUCUGUGGAUGUGACGGAGCAGGAUGAGAGUUAUAACAGCCUGCUGUCUGCUCCACCUUCACACCCCACCUGGCUGGAAAGCAGGCGAGAGGCGGUUCAAGAAGAAGAAAAUGAGCAAUACUGUGAGACAAAGAAAAACCUGAGAAAAACAGUCAAAGAGUUGCGUGACACUAUUCAAGAGAUGAUGCGUGAAAACGAGAACCUCCCAGAUAUCGAGCGCCUGGAACAACGCGAGUUCAACCUUGAUGUUGAGGAGCAGGGGAGACUGGAGGCCAUGGUGGAGCAGGAAGUUGUUCGGGUGAGAAAUGAGAUUGAGUUGGAGAAUUUAGCCAAAUGUUACCUCCGUGAUGUCCUGAAGAGUGAAUGCUGGGACACUAUGAAGGUCAAAGGCAGGACUGUGAAGGCCUUUCACUCUGAGCAUGAGGUGAAGAAUUACCCACUGAGGGAGCGAACAGAGAAAGAGAUGGAGGACCUUCGCAGGGUUCAGAAUCUGAGGAGGUUAGAAGAGGCUGCUUGCACCCAGAGCAACUUAAAGAAAGGUUCCAGCACAAUCAUCGCAAAGGAGGAAGAGCUGGGGAAGGAAGGCCAUGAGGCGGCGAGUUCUGCUGUGACGGGAAGUUUCUCCACUGACUUAGGAUAUUCAAUUCCCUCCAUCUACAGUCAGUUCAGUCUGCAAACCACAGAACAAAGGAUCAACCAGAUAAUUCUGCUACAGGAUGUAAUUUAUCGCAUCAAGACAGCGUUUAAUGCCGAAUUUGAGGCCGUGCACAGGCAGAAGGUGCAGGAGCUGAACCGUGCGAGGGAGAGGAACAGACACAGCAGAGCGAUCAUGCAGGAGCUGGACAUGAACGAGGAGCUGUGGGAGCCCAGCCUGACCAACAGCGAGCAGCCAGAGAGGCUGCUCACCGUGGAUGACUCUGAGAUAAAAGCAGAAAGAUUCCUCACCCCAGAGCAGAAAAGGGAGGAGGAGAGGAAGAAGUUGGAAGAGCAAAGGCGUUUGGCUGCCAAGGGUGAUAACUUCAUCGAAAGAGCUCUCGAUGACAUGAUGGACGGAGUGCUAGAAGUGAAACGAGAGGACAUCUUGAAAAUGGAAAUACCUCCGCCUGAGUUUGUUUUGACCAAACCUGACAUCCACUGGACUGAGGAGGAGAAGAAAGUCUACAAAGAGUAUGAAAAGAAAUGCAAAGACCUGAGUAUGGAGAAGGAGAAAUACAAAAAGUCACUGGAAUGUGAAAUGAAAAACCUGCAGGCUUCCACUAAGGAAGCAACUCAAAGGUUUGAUGAAACUUUGAGAAAGCUUUUUGAGAAGAAAGUGAAGUGUGAAAUGGCGAUAUAUCAGGAAGAGCUCAAGAUUACGUAUCUAGUGUAUGCAGUUCAGAUAAGAGAGGAGAUGAAAAAUCGAGAGAUGGAGCUCAAGUACAAACUUGAAAAAACGAUGGCAUACAAGCAGGACAAAAUUGGGGAAGAGGUCAAGAGACACGAAGAAGAAGUCGAGUUGUUUCAAGAGAACUAUGACAGCAUUGUAGCUGAAGACAGAGUUUUGGACAAGGAAUUCAGGAAGGAGUUCCUUGAUGUACCGAGCAAUGCGGUCGAUCAGCUCUACAAAUUAUUCAAGCGUAGACCCAGGGUUCAAAAGAUAAGGACCCAGUCCGACAACCCUUUAAAAGAGCAGCGUCUGUGCGGUUCUCUAGCUCCUGAUGCGUUCAGUAACAUGCUGAAGGCGAUGGAGGAACUGGAUGCUCCUCAUAAUAUGCCAGAAGGCUUGAACCCAUCCAUCUGGGAGAAGUUUUGCUUUAUCCGCAAAACAAAAGUAGAGAGUGAGCAUAAGGUAAAAGUGAAAGCUUUGACUCUUGCUGAGAUGCAGGCAUUCCUGCAGCGGAGGAGAGAGGAGGAAAGGACUGCUCAAGAGGAAAUUAAAAAUAUCUCUGAUGAACUUGAGAGUUUGCAUAAGGAGAAGAAUCAUUUCCUGACGGACAUACUGGUCCAGUUCCCACUCAAACAGGGCCAACUGGAAGUGUCGACCACAGACCUGAUUCCUGACUACACUGACUCCGUACUUCUCCACAGGAGUGUGGUGGAGGAUCUGAACAGCAGCAUCAGGACAAUUGGAGAAGAGAAGAUCGCCUCCAUGGUGGAGCGCAAAGACUUCCGUAAAGGCAUCAUCCAGCUGCAGUGGGAGCACAAGAAGUUGGGGAUGAGGGUAGAGGACCUCAACAACAAGGCGAGGGACAUCCAGAUGUUACGACUGUCAGAAGAGCAACAGGAUUUCCUCCACAGGGCAGAUCGAGAAUGCAGCAUGUCCAAGCAGGCUUCCAUACUGAGGAAAAGUAGAGCUUUCCAGGAAAAGAUUCACCUACAGAGUGUGCAGCAACGCAUAAAAAAGAUCGAACAGCUCAACAGGCAGGCGGCGAAGAAAGCAGAGAAGAACGAAAUAGUAGAGCAGCAGUUACCUGAUAUGCAGGUGACUGUGGCAGAGAGGAGACACAUCUAUGAAGCAACAGCUUUAGAGGAAAAUCAGGCGGCUACAACAGAGGAGCGAUACCAGGAAAUCCUCCAGAGGAGAAAGCUGGAGGACGUUGCCAGAGCGCAGGCAGAAGAGCUGGCAGACCUCUGGGCUGAAGUCCAGCGUCUGAGGAUCCGCAGCUUUCCUUCACUUGAUAAACUGAAACACACCUGAGCAAAGCUGUAUUUUUAACAGUUAACAAGGUUUUAUUUACACUUUACUUUACAUGAAAUGUACAACUCAAGCUGUGAACAAAAACAGAGCAGCAGCAUCAAAUAAAACUGAUUAAACUUUUUAUAAACUUAAA